AAGGGAAUCAUUUCAGACCCUCCCUCCACCUCCACUCCACUCGUUCCGCUUGUCCCCCUCGCCACCAGGUCCACCACCGCCGGCGGCCGCCACCGGCACCCACGCCCACGCAAUGCUGGCGGCGUCCCUCAAGCCCGCGCCCUCCCUCGCGGCCUUCUCCCCUUCCGCCCGGAGGAGCCCCGCGCCAUCAGUCUCCUUCUCCUUCCCUGCCCGCCUCAACCAGCGUCCGCUCCUCUCGGCCGCCGCAACCGCCGAGGGAACCGGCGCCCCGGCAGGCCAGGGAGAAGUCUCCUCCUCCUCCACCGCCGCCGCUCCCCCGAUCGAUGAGGCGCGCCUCGCUCAGUUCGCUGCGGACUGGGAAGUUGCGCGCGCGGACAAGGAGCAGGGGAAGAUCCUCACGCUGCCGGUGCUCAGGGCAAACAGCGGCGGGCUCAUCGUCAAGUUCAACUCCCUGCAGGGGUUCGUGCCCAACCCUCUCCUCAGCCCCGCGCACUGGUGUAAAGACCCCAAAAGGCCCAUCCAAGAUGCUACGAAGGACCUAGUGGGAACGUCCAUUUCUGUCAAGGUGUCUGAAGUAAAUGAGGAGGAAAGGAAGCUUGUCUUCUCCGAGAAAGAUGCUAGUUGGUCAAAAUACUCUUCCCAAAUCAAGAUUGGUGACAUCUAUGAUGGAAUUGUGGGCUCAGUGUUCCCCUAUGGUGCAUUUGUUCACCUGCGAUUUCCUGAUGGAUUAUAUCAUCUUACUGGUCUUGUACAUAUCUCUGAGGUGUCUUGGGAUCUUGUCCAAGAUGUUCAGGAUUUUCUAAAUGAAGGGGAUGCUGUCAAGGUCCUAGUGGUCAAUAUUGAUAUGGAGAAGUCAAGGAUAGCUUUAUCAAUCAGACAACUGGAGGAAGAUCCUCUAUUGGAGACAUUGGACAAAGUUAUUCCUUUGGAAGCUGAUCAAUCUCCUGACCGCAUCAUGUCUCCUUCAGAAGUUGAACUUCUGCCAGGACUUGAUGGUAUAUGUAAUGAACUACUGCAAGAGGAUGGUAUAACUGAUGUACAGUUUGGACGGCAAGCGUUGGAAAAACGUGUUGUUUCACAAGAUUUGGAGCUUUGGCUUUCCAACGUGCCAGCUAAGGAUAACAAGUUCACGCUACUUGCGCGAGCUGGGAGGCAGGUCCAGGAAGUGUAUUUGACAACCUCCCUAGACCAGGAGGGCAUAAAGAAGGCUCAGAAGAUCCCGGAGAGCUCCAUCGGCGCCUUCGCCGACGAGGACGAGGAGGAUGUGGAGGACACGGGGAGCGAGGAGGCCACGUCGUCCACGGAAACGGAGGAGGAGGACCAGGACCGCAGCGGCGGCGGCGCGGCGGAGAAGGAGGAGGAGCGGGACGGUAGCAGCUUGAUGCCGGCGUGCAGCGCGAGGGAGUACUUCGUGGCCCGGGACCGGUGGUCGGCGUGCCGCUUCAGGAGGCUGGUGGAGCAGGGCCUCGCCGUGGAGCCGAGCACAGAUGAUCAAGAUCAACCGGAUCCGAGGAAGAGCAAGGCAAGGAAGAAGGGGAAGAAGAAGCGGAAGGGGAGUAAGAAGCGGAGAGAGCGUCGUCCAGCCGCGGGCCCGCCGGCGGCGGCGGGGUUGAGGGCGUUCGCGACGCCGAGGAGGACGUGGGAGCCCAGCCUGCCGUCGGUGGUGGAGGAGGAGAACGCCGUCUCUCCUCUCGAGUCUCCAGCAUCCUCCGGAGGAGUUCCCAAACCAUGAUCAUGAUCCAUGAGCAGUAAGUUAACUAUCGUUGUUGCACAUAGUCAGUCACUCCUGAUGCCGUUCCUCGUGUUGUGUCCUCCCGGCGGUCGUGCGCGCAGUUGAAGCCAGCGCCCGAUCACAGACUUGUAGCAGAUGUUAACAG